AUCCAGUGUAGCGUUUGCGUUCACAACAGUAGGUUCGCUUUGGAUCGCUCGGCCAGCCCGGCCAACCCUUUCCGCGGAAAGAAACUGGCAGCUAACCUGGUGAAGAUCGUGUGUUGCACGGGUUGGUGUGUGUGUGUGUUUAUGUUAUUGUUGUGUGGAGUGUAAGGUAGUGCAUUAACACAAAAGGGUACAAAUUCCUAAACAGGAAAAAGUAUCACAGAAAAAGUGUCUCCGCGCGGAAUCAUCUUUGCUGACGGUGUUGUUUAAUUAGGUUCGACGUCAAAUAUCAAUAAAGACUGUUGCAACAGUCCCUGGAUCGUUAAUCAUCGAUAAACUCGCAGAAAAAAAGUCACCAAAGUCGGAGAAUAAACGCAAACGCGCUGCUUUUUGAAGAGAUUUGAACGUGAGGAUCACGUGUGUUACAACGGAAGAAACUCAGUCGUUGGACGUUGGAAGCUCAAGAUGGAAGUCCAAACGGCCCUGGUGCUGACGAUCCAGCUGAUAGCGUUGUUUUCGAUAGCGGGCGCUUUACUACUGUAUCUGCUAUGCAAGGUGCGAGGAACAAGAGAUGAUGCCACCGGUACGCAGAAGGGCUCGAUACUGAUCACCUGUGCGGACACCGCUCUAGGAUUGCAGAUCUGUACAUUCUUCGCCAGCAAAGGACAUCGGGUGUUCGCCGGUAUGAAGGACCCGGUAGAGUCGCUGCCCGCAAAACUGCUGCGCGGUUGGAUGAAGAUGCGCGAAAACUCCGACACGCCCGUCAGUGGCUCGGUCGUACCGAUGAAGAUUGAUGUUACGCGCGAAGAUGUGCUGCGCGAAGCGGCCGAAUCGAUGGGUGCUCAUCUGAAUGCGGGCGAACGGGGAAUUCUGGCCGUCAUCAAUACGGCCGGUUCGGUGUAUCGUGGAAGGAUUGAUUCGCAGGACUCACUGCAGUGGGAAAACAUGUUCAAGAACAACGUCAUGGGAUGUUUGCGGACGGCGCGUGCUUUUAUCGGUUUGCUGCGACCCACCCGUGGUCGGUUGAUACUGCUCGGUUCCGGUAACGAUGACGAUGGGUUGACAGUGUUUAUGGCCACACGAAAUGCUGUCCAGGGAUGUGCUGACGCGCUGCGCAAAGAGCUUAAACCGUAUGGAGUAAACGUUGUGACGCUGGACUCGCGAGGUGUUCCGGCGGAGUCGUUGUUUAAGGCUCCGGUUCCAUACACAAUCUCGGACGAGGAGGGUGUACCGACGCAGUACAGUGCGGAUGUGCUUACAACUUCGGCGCUAGGUGUAAUCGAGCGGGCCCUCUACGACACCCGUCCCAGUGAGACCUAUUGCCUAUCGGUGCCAAAUAGCAAGUUCCAGAUGAGGCUGCCCUGCCGGUCAUCGUUGAAGAUUUCCGCCAGCCGUGCGGACUCCAAACCCAUACAGAGUGUCUGAAAGCCCAGAGGCCCGGUAGCGCUACGGCUUGUUAGUCAGCUUCCGGCAACAGUGGACGACAGAUUUCAGAACUUCUUUGUGCCUAUUCGUUUGUCUAAUUUUUGUUUUGCUAAGUGUUGCAGUACGAGCGUGCCAAUCUUUAAGCUCGCUCGGAUCGGCUGCUAUAGUCGAUUCUCGACACAACUUCAACAGCCCGCUGGUUUACAGCGACAAGGAGACGGCGAAAUAGUUUUGAGAUGGUUUGCUUCUUUCGCCAACCGUGGACAAAUGCGAUAUUUUUUUUCCAUUCCCUGUGUAAAGUUUGUUUAUUUUAAGCAAAUGAUAUGAUUGUUUUAGUGUAAAGUACAGAAAUAAAUAACAUACUUUAUUUCGUUCAUUGGUAAUGAAAAAAAGAA